AUGGCAACUACAACUGUUCCUUAAAACGCAGGAUCCUCUGGCUAGAACUUCCUACAUCAUGAUCCAUAUGACAGCUGGAAAAAUGAGAUUGCUAACUAUGAAUAAACAAAAGCCUAAUUCAAAGGUUUUGCUGAACCAUAUGUAAAAAGAACACAUGCUGAUUACAAAGCAAGAGAGACUAUCUAUAAUCCAAUCACUCAAAAGUUCAAUGAUGCUUAAGUGGAGAAUCACGUUUCAAAGAUUGAAAAGGAUAACUUUAUUGAGGUCAUCGCAAAAAAUAAGGAUCGAGCUCUUCGUUAUGAAUAAACCUUUGACGUGAUUAACUUCGAUAAUAAAUUGAAAGGUCUUGAAGGUAAUCCUGACUAUCCUAAGGAUAAACCUUGGUAUUUCAGACCAGGUAAAGACACUGCUGCUGACUACAAUAUCCUAAGUAAUAUUCCAUUGACAGAACAUCACUUCAAUCACCCUGAUAAACGCCCACCUCCAGAAGAGGAAAAAAAACAAAAAGUGAAAAAGCAAACUACAACUGGGCUAAGAGAUUAUAACAUAAUUACUGGCAGAUAUCUUGAAUUCCAUGAUGAUAAACUCAAAACUGACUAGGAAAUCUAAAGAGCAGAGGCUGCUUACAAGUACUGGUAGACACACUAAUUUGAUCCAGUUAAUUGUGAAUACUACGACCCUAAUCAAGAAAAAGAAUUCAUUGAAAAGAAAACAGAAGAUGAAAAGAUCCAUGGUAAAGAUCAAGUUAAAAAGCUACCCAUAUCAGUGCAAAAUGAGGGAUUAAUGUACAACCCCAUUAAUAUGCAGAUAGAAGACUAGUAAAGAUUAUAUGAGAGAGAUUUAAGAGAGAAAAAUAAAAGAAAGAGAUUUGAAGUUAGAUAUGACGUUGAAGCCAAAACGAGGAAGGAUGGAUUUUCAGAGUAAGAACGUGCAGAUAUCAUGAAACUUAAUAAGGUAGCUCAUUCAAGAUUCAAAGAAGAAUAAGAGAGAGGCUUUGAUAUUUUAACUAAUGAUCCAUUAAAUGGACCUUAAGCUUCAAAAUCAGUUUUUCAACCAAGAGUGUAACCUCCAAGAGGAGUUUGGACUAAGGCUCUCCAGACAGUCAAUAAGGGUAUAAUAUUGAAAUCUUAUUUUUUAGAAUUUAUGUCUGAAGAUGAGAGAAGAUAAGUUGAACAAGAAGAAGAGGCUAAGAGGUUAAAAUCAUAAACUGAUUUCCAUAGAACUCAAACUGAAGAGCUCAAGAAAUUAUAGACAUAUGAUCCAUUGGCCGAGACUAACUUUUAGAGAAGAUCUUAGAGAGUGAUGAAGCAGUCAUAAGAUGGAUUUAACACAAUGAAAAGCAAUGAUCCAAAUCCUAUGCUAGCAUAUCAAAGUAGUACUGUCGAUAGAUAACCAUUCAGUAAAACCACAACUAAUGCUAAAGGAGGUUCUGUUGCAAGGCAAUAAUCUAAUAGUGCUAUUGGUGGAGGACCUUUAGGCCUUUAAUCCCACACUUAGUUUGAUAGAUAGUCCAAUCAAGGAUCAACUAGAAAUGCAGGAGCUCCAUAAUCUUCAUAAUUUUCUUCUAAUUCUAAAAGAGAAAUAAGAACUGGUGGUUUCCAAAAGAUUGGAUUGUCUGUUACUGGCAAUAGCAAAUAAUGA